AGUUUCCGUACGAUGGCUAGCAGAUAGGCUAACCAAACAUAGCAAAACGAAAACAAUACCUAGAAUUUUCUAACAACGGCGAAAAAUAGUACAUACAUAUUUUGUUGUAAUCAGUGUACAAAAAUAGGGGACUAUUUGAACGUUAUCGACGAACAGUGUGGUUAAAGGCACAAUGGCUUUAGUAUCAGCAGACACAAAAAUCGCAGAGUUACUCAAUGAGCUACAUCAACUCAUAAAGCAAACUCAGGAGGAGCGGUCAAGAAGCGAACACAAUCUUCUCAACAUCCAGAAGACACAUGAAAGGAUGCAGACAGAAAAUAAGACAUCUCCAUACUAUCGGACAAAACUAAGGGGUCUUUACACUACUGCUAAAGCAGAUGCUGAGGCUGAAUGCAGUAUACUUCGACGGGCGCUUGACAAGAUUGCAGAAAUCAAAUCCCUUUUGGAAGAAAGGCGAAUUGCUGCCAGGAUGGCGGGAGUGUACAGUGAUACCGACCCCCCAAGAAAGACCAUGCGCAGAGGCGUCCUGAUGACCCUGUUGCAGCAGUCAGCUAUGACCCUGCCUCUCUGGAUAGGCAAACCUGGAGAGAGUCCUCCACCACUGUGUGGUGCUAUACCAGCAAACAGUGACUAUGUGGCGAAGCAGGGGGACAAGGUGGCGGCCCGUGUGAAGGCCGUGGAUGGUGAUGAGCAGUGGAUUCUGGCGGAAGUGGUCAGCUACAACCACUCCACGAACAAGUAUGAAGUGGAUGACAUUGAUGAAGAGGGUAAAGAGAGGCACACACUGAGUCGGAGGAGAAUUAUACCUCUUCCACAGUGGAAAGCAAACCCCGAGACUGACCCAGAGGCCCUGUUCAGUAAAGAUCAGCUGGUGCUGGCCCUCUAUCCACAAACCACAUGCUUUUACAGAGCCUUGAUCCAUACGCCACCACACCGGCCCCAGGAUGACUACUCCGUGCUGUUUGAAGAUACAUCUUAUGCCGAUGGCUAUUCUCCACCUCUCAACGUUGCCCAACGAUAUGUAGUAGCCUGCAAAGAGAACAAAAAGAAGUGAAAGAGACACAAAAUGGAAACCAUUAAAACCUAAAAAAUAAUACAAUAUGGGACAUUGUUUGCAAAGAAACUAAUUGGUAAAGUGAACUGCAUGGUCAUUGUGAUUGUGGGCUCAAAUGUGAAUUAAGAGCGUCCAGUCUUUGUUUUGUCGUACUUUUUGUGUAUAUUUCCCCGUUACCAUGUACAUAGUGUUGGUAUGUUUUAUACUGCAUUGUUUUGUAUGAUGUUCACGUGAAGCAUGGAACCUCGCUGCAGGUGAAAUGUGCUCAAAAUAAAACCCUCAUUUGAAUGAAA